GGACAAGGAGAAGGAGAAAAAUAUAAGAAAUAGAAAACAACAAACAACAACCAAGAAAGAACAAACUAAAAGAAAGUUUGAAAGAGACUAAAGAUGGCUCACCAAUCCCAGCUUUCCAAACUCUAUUUAGCAGUCCUUUGUCUGGCUGUUUCCUGUCAUGCCAUUGGCCUUAAUGAGCUAAUGGAGAGAGCCUCCCAGCGAUCAGACAAGCUUCACUCACUCAGCAGUUCCCUCACCAACGACCUGGACUCCCACUUCCCACCCAUGGGACGAGCGAUGAUGCCCCGCCCCAAUAUGUGCCAUACCUCGUCACUCCAGACACCAAUGGACAAGGAGGAAGCGCUUAGUGUAUCGGAGAACGAUCUGAUCUCGCUGGCUCGUUCCCUCCUCUUGGCCUGGAAUGAUCCCCUGUCGCUCCUCUCCUCUGAGGCUACAACCCUGCCCCACCCCUCCAAAAGCAUCAUCAGCAGUAAGAUCCAGGAACUGCAAGACUACUCAAAGAGCUUGGGAGAGGGUCUCGACGUACUGGUCAACAAGAUGGGCCCAUCCUCCCAGAACAUUUCUCUAAUGCCCUUCAGAGGUGCAGAACUCGGCCAAGACAAGACCUCCCGCCUCAUCAACUUCCACUUCCUCAUGUCCUGCUUCCGCAGGGACUCCCACAAAAUCGAUAAUUUUCUCAAGGUCCUCCGAUGUCGUGCUGCUAAAAUGCGUCCAGAAAUGUGUUAAGGGGAUACAGAAAGCAGUUUGGUUAUGGCUUGGUCUAUUUUCAAACCAAAAUGGACAGAAGUCUAAUUUUGAAGGAAAUUUAGGGGAUAGUUUUGUACAGUUUGGUUUGGAAUGCUAUGAUGUUACUGUUAAUUUGAGAAAUGGCAUCAUUACGGUCUACAUUUUCGAUUCACUUUUCAUAUACAAGAUCUGUCAUCUGAACCACAUUAUCGGAUGCACAGAGUUUGGGAUGACUUAUGUAUUACAAAUAAUUACAUCAGCAAUAUUCAACCUAAAAUGGUAGUUAUACUUACUUGAUAAUCUUCAAUUAUUUGCAAAGAUGGCAGAGUCACUCCAACUCAUUCUUAGAAAAUACAGAAGGCUAUGUUGAUAUUUGAUCACUGACCAUGAUGAAAACACUUGCACUUUAGAUGACUAUUUCAAGUAACUUAUAUAACUUUCUUUGUAUGGUACACAUUCUAUUGUA